ACGCGAGGCAAUUAUUUUGCUCACUGAACGUUCAACGUUCCAAGCUCACUUGACAUAUAUGGACGACGGUAACCCGGCCGGAACGGGAUCGGCCGAAAGGACCCGGCAUCGUCACUCGUGAAUUCCCUGCAAGGCGACUGGCUGCAACGACUACAGUUGUCCUCUCUUGUCCUUCCCUCUGUCUUCCACCAUGAUGUCCACCAGAGCUCUUGGUUUUGGACCCGCACUCAGACAGUUCGCCUCGCCACGAAUUGUUCGAAACCAGGCUCUGCGAAAUGUCUUCGUCAAACGCAGAACUGUACAGACGCAAAGCCUGCGUCCUUCCGCCGAGGAGAUCAUCUUGAACCAACAACGUCUUAAACGCCCCUCAAGUCCGCACUUCACCAUCUACCAACCUCAACUCACUUGGAUAAGUUCCAUCGCCAACCGUGUUACUGGAGCGGGGCUCAGCGUCUUGCUGUACAGUUAUGCCCUUGCGUACCUCGUUGCUCCGGAGACUUUUGCCUCAGCGAACGUGGUCGAACUCGUUCACAGUCUCCCUGAGGCCGUCAAAUAUACUGGAAAGGUCAUUCUUGCCGCGCCUUUUGCCUUCCACUCUUGGAACGGUAUCCGCCAUUUGUUGUGGGACACGGGUUAUUUCUUGACGUUGAAGGGUGCCUACCAAGCUGGCUAUGCUGUCCUUGGCCUGACGGCAGUGAGCACCGUUGGGCUCGUGUUGCUGUAGACAAGUUUGUAUUCUCGGACUGCAAGGAAUAUGAUUUCACGACCUCCGUCGUACUGUACCCAUUUGGAGAUAGCACCACACGACGCAACCAUUUACGCGGCAAGGGCCAGGUAUUCAGACAAGUGAGAAAAAUGUGUUGAUAUUAAAAAGGCGUCCCAGUCCGUUCCAACCAAAACGAUAGGGGUAUUAUCUAUGCGAUCAAUUUUGGGGCAUGCAGGUUGCUACGCACUAUGGCAUGGACCUGCCUAACGUUUCUCUACCUAGUCUGCCAGACGAACAGCGAGAGAUACAACAUCA